CUGUAGAUACAGACCACUGUGUCUCCACAUGCUUUCUUGGUCCUGUCCUGUCCUUGUACAACUUUUCUUAAGGGACUUGCUGGCAAGAACCUGAGUAACACACUGAAGACAAGGACAUGAAAUAACGAGGUAAAGGGGAAAUUCCAAUUGUAACUGAGCAUGGUACUUUGUGACAGAAGAACGAGCUAACGUAGGACAAGAAGGCCUAAACUAGAUGGAAGCAGGAACAUCAGGGACAAAAUAACUCCAUGCAAGAGAGCAAAGGUUCCUUUCUGAUGAGCCAGGCUCAGCCCACAAGGCCCAGGAGAGGAUUGACAGAAGAGUUGAGAAGCAUGUAAGCUUUGUGUCUCACAGCCCUCUCAGCAGAAGCAGUAUCUUUGUUGUGCAUCAAGGUUCAUCUAGAUGACUAGGAAUGAUGGGCUUGGGAACAAUUCUAAACUGAGUACUCAGUGAACUCCCCUCACAUUAGCCAGUACUUACCAUAAUGGGAUUCUGAUCUUCACUGUUGCUGCACCAUAGACUCUUAACAACCAGUAACCUAAAAGAUAAAAUGACCAGUCUUACUGCAGGAAGAGUAACACAAGUAUUUGUUGCCCAAAACAUAGCUGAAAUGGUGCAAGAGCUACAAAUCCUGGACAACAGAAAGGAAAGAGAGAUUUGGAGAUUUUUACCCCUUUGUUAUGCAUCAGAGAAGAUGCCCUGCAUGAAUUUGCUCCACAGGCCAGCAAGAGUUAACUUAAAAUUAACUGGAGUAGCAGCAGAGGCAAUCUUACAGGCCACGUGGAGGCCGCAUUACCUUUGCAGGAACCCCUGUCUCACAAUGCUGUCUAUCCAGCUGCCACUGCUACUCCUCUGCCUGACCUUGUCCGGUGUUUGCCUCAAUGGGGGGCAGCCCCUUCCAGAAGCAAGUGAGAACAUGGGAAGAAGUCCCCUGGAUGACAUCCUGCAGAGAUCUGAAAGCCUUAUCCUUCAGUCUGUCCUCAAGAAAGCUGAAAAGAAACAAGAGAUGAAUAAAGAAUUAAAUGCCCCUCUGCCAGAAUGGCUUUCCAAAAGACAACACCCUGGAAAAAGAUACAUAAGCGACCUGGAAAAGAGACAGCAUCCUGGAAAAAGAGAUGCCAAGGAAGAAGCAUCUUAUGGAGACAUUCAGAAGAGGCAGCAUCCAGGCAAAAGGGAGGUAGAAGACAACCUUGCCAGCUAUCUGGAGCUGAAAAAGCGACAGCAUCCUGGCAGAAGGUCACCGUGGGACCAGUAUGCUGACAUCUCUAGUGCACAGCUAACUUACUUGAAUGGGUUAUCCAAAAGACAGCAUCCAGGAAGAGGGUAUCUGAUGCAUAAACAUCAGCAUCCUAGCAAGAGAGGCUGGAAUGAUGAGCUAGACCUAAGCAACCAUGACGGGGAGAAACGCCAGCACCCUGGAAAAAGGCACUGGCAUACUGACAACCCAGAUUAUGCAGAUCCCUGUGACCUUCAGGAGUCCUCCAUCUGUAACAAAGGCAGCCUGUGGGUUGAUUUACCAGAAAAUUUCAGCAAAGACCGGGUAGAAGAAAAACGUCAGCACCCAGGAAGGAGAUCAACACGGGCGAGUGAAACAGAGGAAUGAGAAAAUAAUUGUGUAUUUGGUGAAGUAAAUUGCCAGAACACUAAAAAAUUCUGUUCACUCCCUUUUGGCUUCCUGCUGCUGACCUCUGCACUACCUUCCAGCGAGUGAGUGUCCCCAUUUAAGCUAACGGCUUUGUCACACACUUAAAGUAAUGGAACAGAAGCAGUAAGUUGAAUGGCCCAGGCAAGUACUGAGAGUCUUCAACUCCCCCAUUUUGUGAAGUUAAGGGUGCUCUGUUCCUUAUGGUCCUAGAUCCCAGAAUAAUCCUAUGCGCUGUCCUAAACAGAAGAAUAGAAGAAUAAUUGCAUGGCUUCCUCUCAUGUCAGUGAAAUCAGUACAUGAACUGGGAGAAAAAAGACUAACAUGCAAAUUAUUUCAAAAUGAAAUUGAGUAGGUUUUCAAUUCUAAAUGAUACAUUAAUGAGACCUUGUGCACUACAAUCUAUCUAGACAUUAACACUGAACAGAGAUAGGGACUGUUCCAAGUGCAAAAGAUUAGAUGACUGGCUUCAUAGUUUGACUUGGAACUGCACCAAAAAAUCAUUUCAUCUAGGAGGCUGCAUAAUGCAAAGGGUUAAUGCAUCCCAGAGCAACUCAUCCCAAGCUGUGAACUUUGCUGUGUACACCCCAAACUAGAACUCCCACCCUGCUGUGUCCAUAUUUCAGUCACUCCCCUUGAAAUCACGCCUUCUCCUUAGACGUUUAAAAUUGAAACCAUUUUUCUUUCUGAUAUCUAUCUUUUUUUCUGAUACAGAUUUCUGAUUUUUCCCCUCUCAAAGGAAUGCUUUCCCCUUCUGUGGUCAGACUCCCAAAAGUAUUUACCUGAUAUGAAUGGUUCAAUAAACAUCAAUAGUAAA